GUGUAUCGUUAAUCUAUCGGAUAUUUUGACAAAAAAAUUGUUCAAAAAUAGGAAUAAAAGCUUAAUGUAUUUGUUAUGAAAAGGUCUGCUAUAGAAAUGGAGAAUUUAACAUACGACAUUGCUGUGAAGAAGGCGCAGUUGGUUGAAAGAAAUCCUUGCCCUAAUGGUGUGCAUAUCGUGGACCCACUGCGCGUAUCAAUGCACGAGAAGGAAGACAUUAUCUCGCUGGCGACGCAAAUUCAAAAUGCGGACAAACAGUUGAAAUCUGGCACGUGCCAGAAGCUAUGUGUGAUACUAGACCAAAUUAAAAUGCUGCAAGCCCAGGCCAUGGAAAUAAUAAAGGAAUCUGAAGAGAGCCAAUUAUUGCACAACGCCGCAUGCAAUUUCACCAAAAAGCCAGGCCAUAUUUAUCAUCUUUAUCAGCGUUCAUCGGGUCAAAGCUAUUUCAGUAUGCUUUCGCCGGAAGAAUGGAAUGACAAAGUAGACCAGAAAUAUCUCGGCAGUUACAGAUUAGAAUAUGAUCUAUCUUGGACGCCUUUGGAUAAAAUUAAAGAGCGCGAUGACAAGAUGAAUUGGGCUGAAAAAUGUUUGGCAACAACUUCCUUGGCUGCAGGCCCAACACCAAUGGCAAUUGAUUUUGGUAGUGCGCAUGAGUAAUGGAACUACUAGGAACCUAAUGGAUAACAUGAAAAAAUAAAAUAAAAACGUAAAAGUGUAAAUAAAAUACCUAAAAAUAUG